GCCGUGGCCGCGGGCGGCAGGCAGUUUCUUGCUGUGCUGGGGUACAAGUCCAAGCAAGGCCAAACAUAUUAGCCAGCACUCAAGCAGCAGUGGCCACAAGCUUCCACCAGGUCUGGACAAGGCUCAGAUGUGUCAGCGAGCAGGCACAAUGGCCACAGUAGCCCAGAAGCACUUUUUGGAAGGGCAGACAUACUCCGUGCCCCUGAUCCAGCCGGACCUACGCAGGGAGGAGGCUGUGCAGCAGGUGGCAGAUGCACUUCAGUAUCUCCAGAAGGUGUCAGGAGAUAUCUUCAACAGGAUCUCUCAGCGGGUGGAAGCCAGCCGGGCACAGCUCCAGGCCAUUGGGGAGAGAGUCACACUCGCCCAGGCAAAGAUUGAGAAGAUAAAGGGCAGCAAGAAGGCAAUUAAGGUAUUUUCCAGUGCCAAGUACCCAGCCCCUGAAAGGCUGCAGGAGUACAGUUCAAUUUUUGCUGGUGCAGAAGACCCUGCUAAACAGAAAUGGCCAAGACACAAGAUUCAGAGCAAACACCGAAUGCUGGAUGAAAAAGCUCUGCAGGAAAAGCUCAAGUAUUUCCCUGUGUGCGUGAGCACCAAAAUUCACCAGGAGGAUGAUGCAGAAGAAGGCCUUGGCAGCCUUCCCAGGAACAUCAGCUCCCUCAGCUCCCUGCUACUCUUCAAUACCACCGAGAACCUGUACAAGAAGUAUGUGUUCCUGGAUCCUCUGGCUGGAGCAGUGACCAAGACCCAUGUGGCUCUGGAAACAGAGACAGAAGAGAAGCUCUUUGAUGCACCUCUCUCCAUCACCAAAAGGGGACAGCUGGACCGACAGGUUGCUGAAAAUUACUUCUACGUGCCAGAUCUGGGCCAGGUCCCUGAGAUUGAUGUGCCCUCCUACCUGCCAGACCUGCCUGGCAUUGCUGCAGAUCUCAUGUACAGCGCUGACCUGGGCCCUGGCAUUGCACCCUCUGCCCCCAGCAGUGCUAUUCCAGAGCUGCCUACUUUCAACACUGAGUCAGUGGAGCCUUUGCAACCAGAUCUUCAAGGUGCUGAGCUAUUGCCACCUCCUCCCCCUCCACCUCCUCCACCGCCUCCUGUUAUGCCAACCCCGGUACCUCCUCCACCGCCUCUGCCCCAGCCCACAGCACCCUCGGAACCAGCUCAGAGAGUGAGCGAGGAGAGCAGCAGCACAGUGCCUGCAGCUUCAGUCCAGGGAGCCCCAAAGGAGGUGGUGAAUCCCUCUACUGGGCGUGCCAGUCUCCUGGAGUCCAUCCGCCAGGCCGGGGGCAUUGGGAAGGCCAACCUGCGCAGUGUCAAGGAGAGGAAGCUGGAGAAAAAGAAGCAGAAGGAACAAGAACAAGUGAGAGUUACAGGACAAGGUGGAGAUUUGAUGUCAGACCUCUUCAACAAGCUGGUGCUGAGGCGCAAAGGUAUUUCAGGGAAAGGACCAGGAGCCUCUGGGAACACGGAUGCUCCUGGCAGUCCAGCCGGUGCCUUUGCUCGUAUGUCAGACUCAAUACCACCCCUCCCACCCCCACAGCAGCCUGUAGGUGAGGAGGAUGAAGAUGACUGGGAGUCAUAGAUGGGAUCCAUUGACUAUUGGUGUGAAACUGUUGCUGUCUGAAAAAGUUCCAUGAAAUUGAAGGAAGCAGGUCCUUACUGCCUUCACUUUGGUAAAAGUGGGAAGUGUCAUCAAUUAAGAGUGUGUAAAGGGAGAGCCCAGCUGUCCAGCCAUACAGCCCAGCACUACUAGCCACAGGCUGGAGGGCACCGGCUGCUAGAAGCAGGUGCUCCCCUCCCUGAAGGCAGAGCUUGUGCAGACAGUGGAGUUUGGACCUACUCAAGGGGCAGGUGACUCACAAUGGAAGUUUCUCAGAGGCAGCUGUUCCUUUCCCUGUGGGGCUCAUUAACAUACAGGGAGAGGGUACCAGCUCUGUGCCAGAAGUACUUUCUUCCUUGUGAAGAGCCUGGAGAGGUAGCAUCCAACUGCUGAAACUGGAGAAGAAGCAAACAAAGCCCCUGGGACAAGACUUGCUCAGGAUGACAGGAGGUACCUGUGGCUGCCCCUGGUGUUAUUGCUGCCCUCCAGCACUGAUCCAUAACCCUGGAAAGAACCCCAGGAAAGUUAAAAGUUACUUGGAAUUCAUAAACUUAGCGGCUAAAAAGAGCAGAGCAAUCCUGUGCUUAAGCAUCAUUGAAGGAGAAGUGCUGUAUUGUGCCCAUAUCUUUAUUCCCCUUGAAAGAAUGAACUGCUUCAAUCUAUUGAUCACUUGAAACAAGGCAGAAAGAGGGUCAGAAGAAAUGCUACCCGCAGCUGCUCCAUUGCCACUCUGUGUUACUCCAGCAUGACAUAAAUUAGUGGCCUGCUAGUUUACAAUUCCUGUGAAAAGCUCAGUGAUGGCACUGGUCAGUCAGGCCUCCCACACUUGGUUCUUGAUGGGAAAAAACCAUGUGUUCAGUCCAAGUAAUGACUCCCCAUACUGAAGUGUACUUAAAUAACACUCGCCAUACUGGAGUGUUUUUAUGAAAAGUAUUUAAUCAAUUUAAAUAAAACCUUCACAGCUGUAAACAA